UUUGGACCCACUGUUAUGAGGAAUUGCAUUGAAUUCCCCAUUACUGUUUUCACACUUGUGACAAUCUGCUUCGUGCAUAUCUUUUAUGACAUUUUUAUAUUUGAUGUGAGUUCCUUUCUUCUCUAUUGCCCACCAAAAGUCUUCUCUUGACACUAGUGUAUGCCUUCUCAGGGUCAAUAAACCAUUAUGUAUAGAUGUUCCUUGCUUCCUAUAGCUUUUCAUCUUCCUUUUAGCAAAAAUAAGGCAUCUGUUGUGGAGUGGAUUUACUGGGCGUAACUUUCGAAUUGAUUUUUUGUCAUCUGGUAGUUGUAGUACUGCUCCAGUAGUUUCUGCUCCUUUGAUUUCUGUUGUUAUUUAUUGCCUUGUACUUUGACUAUCAUAUUAUUUUGUUUUAGUUACUGUCGUGUUACUAUCUGCAAUUUCUUGUACUUCUUUUUUCUGGACUGCUUUGGACUAUUUUUUCCUUUGAGCUGAUCGUCUAUCAGAAACAGCCUCUCUAUCUCUGAGGUAGGGGUAAGGUUUGGGUACAUUCUAUCCUCAUCCCGGAGACCCUACUGUGUGGGAUUAUACUGGGUAUGAUGUUGUUGUUAUAGAGUUCGUAAGUUUAUGUUUCAUCACUCUUCUACUGCUAAGGUGUUUCUUCUGUGAUUUCUCUUAUUCUCGUCAACUUUUAAAUUUAAAGUGCGAACUUUAUUUAUUUUCUUCGUUGAUUCUUCAUAGUUAUGGCUGGUAGAAACCGUAUGCCCCGUCAACCUGAUAACUACCGAGGAUUCCGUGAUGGGCCACCACCACCACGGGUUAUUAUGCAGCGAGGACCAGGGCCCCUCCCUCAUCCAGCGGCCCUUGAAGAGGAACUAGAGCUCCAGCAUAGGGACAUGCAGAGAUUGCUUGCUGAUAACAGACACGUGAUUGAUGAGAAUGUGAUGCUUGAAAGAGAAUUAACAGCUAUAAAAGAUGAAAUGCAUAGAUUAAGUCAGGUCAUUCCCAAAAUGCAUGCUGAUCACGAGGCACAAGUAAGAGAGUAUAUUGACAGAGGAAUGAAGUUAGAGGCUGAUCUUCGAUCUACUGAGCCUCUAAGGUUAGAGGUAAUCCAAUUGAGAGCUGAAUCUCAGAAGCUAAGUGCUUUGCAGAAAGAAUUAUCUGCUCAAGUUCAAACUCUUACCAAGGAUGCUAAUCGACUACAAACUGAGAAUAAGCAACUGUCAACUUUGAAGACUGAUAUUGAUAAAAUGCAGAAAGAAUUGGUGGAAGCAAGGAGACAAAUUGAAUAUGAGAAGAAAGCAAAUACGGAGCUGGUGGAACAAAAUCAAUCUAUGGAGAAGAAUCUCAUUUCAAUGGCUCGUGAAAUUGAAAAGCUGCGAGCAGAGAAACUUGGACGUGGCCUUGGUGUAGGAGCCUAUGGCAUGAUGAAUGGAAGCCCUGAGAUGAGAUAUCCCGGCAGUGCAUAUACUGAUCCACACAGUGGUGGUUGGGGUUCAUACGACCAUCGUGGUCCGCCCAGACGUUAGAGUCCCCCUAUAUAUAAUGUGAACAAUUGAAGCGAAAUGUUAUGUGAGGUGUUCUCCCUCUUUAGAAAUGUAAAAACUUUAUGAAACAAUUUACGCUUUGAAACCAAUAUUUUCCGGUAGGACCUUGGGCUUGAGAAACAAAUCUUUGAUAAACAUCUGAAGAAUGUGGUUGUUUCAUACUA